AUGUCGGAGGCCGACCGGAUACGCCACCGCACGGCGGCGCUGGCGCUGCACGACGAUGAGGUAAGAGACAAGCCGGACGCCAAGGCGAACGUCUUCGCGGAUCUCGGCUCGCCGGUGUCGCCGUUGCGGGCGCGGGCGAGCGUGGCGACGUCGUCGUCCUCGUCUUCCGGGUCGGCCAAGUCGCCGGCGCCGUCGAAUGCUGGGAUGGCGGGCGGGAGGAGCCACUCCGGCGAGCUGGUGGGCGAGUGCAACCCGCCGCGGCUGAUGGCGCACCGGCGGUCCGGAUCUGGACAGUUGAUAUUCUCUGGCAGCAGCAGCAGCCGGGGGAGCGGCGGCGGGGACCGUGGAAGCACGGCGAGCUCGCCGAUGCUGAAUGCGCUCCCCACCGGGAACAUCUGCCCGUCCGGGCGUGUCCCGGCAACGGCGGGCGCGCCCCCUCCCCCGCGCUCUCGCCCGGACGUGCUCGGAUCCGGCACCGGCCACUACGGCCACGGGAGCAUCAUGCGCGGCGCCGGCAUGGCCCCCGCCAGGAGCAGCAUUGACUCAUCGUCGUUCCUCGGGCACUCCUCGAGGUCGCCGGUCAGCUUUCCGGCAAGCAGUGGGAGCCUCCAGGAGGUGACCCGCUUGGGGAACGAGUGGUACAAAAAGGGGAAGUACGGGGAGGCACUGCGCCACUACGAGCGCGCCGUGGCGCUGUGUCCCGAGAGCGCUGCAUGCCGCGGCAACCGAGCCGCCGCGCUCAUAGGACUCGGCCGCCUUGCCGACGCGCUUCGUGAAUGCGAGGAGGCUGUCCGACUCGACCCGGUCAGCGGCCGCGCCCACAGCCGCGUCGCAGGCGUUUGCCUCCGAUUGGGAGUGAUUGACAAGGCACGGAGACAUUUCACCCAGGCGGGUCAUCUUCAGCAGUCAGACCCCGCUGAGUGGCAGAAGCUGCAGGAGGUUGAGAUGCAUCUGGGAAGAUGCACAGAUGCAAGGAAAAUUGGGGAUUGGAAGAGCACGCUGAGGGAGGCUGAUGCUGCCAUAGCUGCUGGCGCUGACUCCUCUCAGUUGCUUCUUGCCUUGAGGUCAGAAGCACUUCUCCGCCUUCACAAGCUGGAGGAGGCUGAGUCGACUCUUGGAAGCAUGCUGAAAUUGGACGGUGCAUUGCCUUCAUCAUUGACAGCAGCUAAACUCUCAGGGAUGCUUGCUGAAUCAUACGUACAUAUUGUUCGAGCGCAGGUUGACAUGGCAUUGGGGAGGUUUGAUACUGCUGUUGCUGCAGCUGAGAAGGCUAGAGAUCUUGAUCCUGGGAAUGCAGAAAUCGGGAUGGUUUUGAAUAAUGUGAGACUAGUUGCAAAAGCUAGAGAGCAAGGGAAUGAUCUCUUUAAAGCUGCCAAGUUUUCAGAUGCAUCCAUGGCCUAUGGUGAAGGGCUUAAGUAUGAUCCCUCAAAUUCAGUGCUCCAUUGCAAUCGAGCUGCUUGCUGGUCAAAGUUAGAAAAGUGGGAAAAAGCUGUUGACGACUGCAAUGAGGCACUAAGAAUACAGCCAAACUAUACAAAGGCUCUCUUAAGGCGAGCUGCGUCCUAUGCUAAGCUUGAGCGUUGGGUGGACUGCGUGCGGGACUAUGAGGUGCUUCGGAAGGAGCUUCCCAGUGACAAGGAGGUUGCUGAGGCAUUGUUCCAUGCACAAAUUGCCUUGAAGGCGACUCGUGGGGAGGAUGUAUCAAAUAUGAAGUUUGGAGGAGAGGUAGAGAUAGUUUCCAAUGUAGAGCAACUCCGUGCUGCCAUAAGUUCACCUGGGGUAUCUGUUGUCUACUUCAUGUCGGCAAUGAAUCAGCAAUGCACACAAAUUACACCAUCAGUCAACACUCUAUGCACUGAAUGCCCCUCAGUGAAUUUUCUCAAGGUUAACGUCGACAGCAGCCCAAUGGUGGCAAAGGCAGAGAAUGUGCGGAUAGUCCCGACGUUCAAGAUAUACAAAGGAGGGGUGAAAGUGAAGGAGAUGAUCUGCCCGAGCUUGCAUGUUCUGCGCUACUCCGUGCGGCACUAUUCUGUAUCCAGUUCUUGAGAAGCUUUAGGUACCCGUACCCCAAUUUCCCAUUUUCGCUAAUGCAUAGAGCUCCCCGUCAAACUUGCAACUUCACCAGCCUCCAGAGCAUUUUCACCACCUGCGUAACUGCUCCCCAUUGAGCAUGAGCAUAGCGAGCUAAGACUGUCAGGUGGAAGAGCCCCCUCCCAUUCCCCAUCUUUUCCUGUCAUUUUCGCCUCUUCACCGUUCAUAUAUCGACCCAUUCAAUUCAAUAGUUUUUCUUUCAUGUUUCGGGCUCUCUUCACCUCAUUUUGUAUUUUGAUAUUCCAUUUUGAUUCACCCCCAUCAUAGUCCAUAGGCCAGCACCCUGCUUCUCAAGAAAAAGGGGAAAUGUUUGUAAUGUCAUCUAGGUUUAGCAUACCAUCUAUCUAUCCUUUAGGGAGGGAGAGGAGGGGGUUUCGGGCGCUGGGGGUUGCAGUUUUCGUUACAUGUAAAUAUCCUAUAGGAAAAACAGGAGAAAUCCAUUGGAAGAUUGGUUCCCUGGAGAAAAGAGAAAAAAGAGAAAUGGUGGCAUCAGAUUGAGAUGAGAUUUUGGUGGUUGGGGUCAGGUACAGGGCUAGAAGUUGUUUUGAGUUUCCAUUAGAGUCUUUAUCUAUCUAUCUAUCUUUAGAGGGAGAGAGACAGGCAGACAGAGAGAGGUGUUAAGUUUAACUGAUGAUGCAGAGAUGGUUGGUGUCCAUUGAAGAUGAUGACAUGUCGUUUUGCUGCUUCUGUUGGUUUUAAAUGGCGCUGAUACCAUAUAUGCUACCAUUUCCAUGAAUAAAACAUUGCAACAUUCGUUCGUUUUUUUUUU